UUCUGAACGUGAAAGCAUGCUUUUGUGAGUUAGUAAACUAGCAACAUUCAUAUAUCAAAAUUGCAAAUGAAUUUUAAAAAAGUUUCAAAAAGAAAAUAACAGUACAUACUUUAUAAAUCACUAUAAAAUUUAAAGAAUUUAAGUAAAAAUAAAAAUUUAUUAGUUGUAUGAUAAUCAUAAGCGAGCUUCCACCCUGUCGUGACUGCGAAAAAAGGUUAAUGAAGAGAAUAAUUUGCGCACCAAGCGUCAAUCGCCGACGGAUUUCAACGACAAUAUUCGAAUAAAACCGAUGAAGUGAGCUACCCAUUUUAGACGGUGUGUUGGGUAGUGAAAUUCACAGUAACUCACCACCCAAUGUGUGGUGUUGUUCUUUACAAUAAUAUCAAAAAUAUAAUAAUAAUUUCAUAUACAAUAUCGUCAAUAACGACACUUGUUAUUGAGCAAAUUUCAAUACAUAAAUUUUAUUUUUUGAUUACACUAUUAUCAUAUUAUUGAAUUAAUAUUAUGAAAAGAUGAACAUCAAGAUAAACGGAUAUUGUGAUUCAUAAAAAAAUUAGUUUAAACUAUUGUUAUCACUAGAUAAUGAAAUACAAAAAGUAUAUCUAAUCAAGGAUAAGUGAAUAAAGAAGUAUUUAAACAGUGAUUAGUGCCUAAAUAUGGAUGAUAUUAUUUUAAUUGGGCUAAUGAAAAAAAUUAAAAAGGGUGUGGUGAGAAAGAUUUUUAGUAUAUUAUUGUGAUUUUUAUGUAAUAAUUGAAUAUCAAAGAAAAAAAAAAAAGAGCGUUAUACAUAAAAAAGAUAGUGUAGAAGCUGUAUUUGAGAUAACAGAGAUAAAUAUAUACAUGACGACAGUCAGUAAAAAAGAAAAAAGAUUUGUACAAUUGCAGUCUCAGGACACAUCUUGUGCCAUUAGCUGGGCCUAAUGGCCUGAUUGCACCAGCUGACCUCUUCUAUCCAUCUCCUUGUCUACCCUCUGCCCGAUCACUUUUCAUCGCUAAACGCGUUCAUGAAUCUCAACUGCCCUGACUUUUUGUAAAACUUAAAAAAAUUAUAAUGGUGUUCACAGUGGCCAAGUGGGGGUGACUGGAGUAAUGGGAUGGGGCCAGAGCCCCAUGGAGUUCGGGUGAACCCGUCUCCAACCCAGCUCCCCAGCCCCCUCCGCUAUCGUAAUCGUCUUCGAUCGUCAAAGCAACGCAGAAGUGGGCCGCCGCGCACGCGAUGGAGGCCCGAAGCAGCCAAAAACCACAGGAAAAAGUGCCACGCGUUCACAGACCUUAUGCCUUCGACAAGAUGGAGGGGCUGGUGCGGAAUAUGCAGGACUUGGAAAAUGGUGUACCCGUUCGAAGCCAAAAACAAUUCCUUACGUCAAUCCCUUCAGCUUUUAUGGGUUACGAUCUCAUAGAGUGGCUGAUAGACCGUCUUCAAAUCGAUGAAACAGAAGCGGUCCAUCUCGCUAAUCAACUCGUUCAAUACGGUUACUUCUUUCCAGUGAAUGACUCUAAGAAUUUAAUUUUUAAAGAUGACAGUUCCCUCUACAGAUUUCAAACACCAUAUUAUUGGCCUUGGCAACACAGAACACCUGACAAUGUUGAAUAUGCAAUUUAUCUCGCCAAACGUACCUUACGAAAUAAGCAACGUCAUGCUCUUGAAGACUAUGAGACUGAAGCUUUGAACAGUCUGAGAAAAAAUUUAUCAAACAAGUGGGAGUUAAUACACAUGCAAGCAGAAGAGCAGGUGCGAUUAGCUAAAGAUUUAAAAAAGCUUGAUAAGGUUGUAAGUGAUUCACAAGAACGUGCAUUUUGGAGGGUUUACCGACCACCUCCAGGCUUUUCUAGCAGUUUAGAAAUCGUCCCUGUCCCCACCAGGGCUCGACCAGGUGGUCAAACGCCAGUUAGAAAAAAAACCCUCAGUGAUAUGAAACGUGAGGUUGAGUUACAAAGGAACAGUUUAACACGAACAAGGAUAAAAGUGUCGGUGGCAAUCGAAAAUCUUGAAACCUAUUUUAAAACUUAUGUGGAGUAUGAUUCAAUGAUUGUACCACCACAACCUUCAAAUCCAUGGAUAACUGAUGAUCAUAUAUUUUGGCAAUUAAAUAGUCCACUUGUUGAUGUCCCAACUGAAAAAAGAGUUAAAAGAUGGGGAUUAUCAAUGGAAGAGAUAAUGUCUGAUCCAACUGGUUUACUUGAAUUUACAAACUAUUUAAGAAAAGAAUAUAGUCAUGAAAAUAUUAGAUUUUGGAUGGCAGUUAAAGAUCUUAAGCAUUGUCAUCAAGCCCAUAUACCUGACAAAGUCAAUGAAAUUUUUAGAGAGUUUUUAGCACCUGGUGCGCCCUGUGAAAUAAAUAUAGAUGGUAAAACUAUGGAAAAAGUACAUCAAGAAAUGAAAAAUCCAAGUAGAUUUACAUUUGAUUCAGCUGCUGAACACGUUUAUACACUUUUAUUGAAAAAAGAUUGUUAUCCAAGAUUUAUACGUUCUGAUCACUAUCGUAGUUUAAUUGCGGCUGGUAUUCAACCACUUCAAAAAAAAAGAUUUUUUGUUUUUGGAGGUCAGACAAAGAAAAAGAUAACAAGUACGUCAAUAACAUCAAGUAAUCUACAGCAUGGUAAUGCUAGUACUUCGAACAGACGACGUGGAAGUGAUCGGAGUCUUUCUGGAUCAGCUCAUGAAUUAGCUGUCUGUGGUUUUCGUGAUAUAACUACAAUACCACGUGUACCUCACUCACACAGUCAGUCAAAUCUUACUAAUAUUCCUUACAGGGAUGCUGCUGGAGCCGGGACAUUAGCAACGUUGCGCCCUAUGGAUGAUGUUUGUCCAUGGGACGAUGUACAAGAAACUAGCAACAUUACCGAGCAAGAUGUUGUUGCAAAAACCUCAUCGACCACAGAUGAACAAAUAAAUUCGCCAAAUAGAAGAAUAAUCAACGAGAGAAGUUCAUGUACGUCACGUAAAAAUUCAACGCAAUUAGAUUCUUGUAGUUCAUCAUCUGAUCUUAGUCUAGCAAUCACUGAGGUAUCAGAUGGAUUAAAAAAUACGAUUGGACAUCAACAUUUAACUAGUAUUGCAACAACGAAUAUCACAAAAAACUACUCAUUGAGAUCAACAGUUAGAGUUAAAUUAUCCAAUACAACAAGAGCAUCCACUUAUACCUGUGACUAUCCAUCACCUCAGCAAUCGUUUGAACACCCAGUGCUUCAGCUUGAUGUUGGCCGAUGUGUUCCUGAAGAAUCAGAAAAUUGGAGCAUUGAAGAAAGUGCCUCAGAAGGUGAAGGAAUGAAGGCUCCAUUAAUAAGCAUAAGUGCCAUUGCUAGUCAUUCGACAGGUGAUUCAGUUGAAUCAAAAAAAAGUGAAAAAUUUUCAGUUGAAUCAGAGACUUUACAAACAGAAAGUAAGAUGACAAAGGUCUCAGAUAGUGUUGAAGACAAGGAAAUUGAUGAUUCUAGGGAAGAAGCGCAAGUAGUUCCAGUAUGGAAACCUGAGGUUCAUAAUCAAGAAAAGCCUGUUGACAAUGAUGUUUCAUUCGCAAUGGCCUCAGUGCCUCAAGAACAGCGUGACAAUAAUGUAAAUGAAGUUUGUCCUUGGGAAGAUGAAGAAAAUUGUACGGUUGAAAAACCUUAUGUGAAGACCUACGCAACCUUAGGAUAUUUGUAAGAGUUUCAUAUAAAACCGAAAAAUGUUGUCUAAAAAAAAAAUUAUCAUGUAAGUUAGUUUUAUCAUUACAGCGAAGUUUUAAAGUAUAAUCCAUAUGAAUUGUGAUCGAUUACGAGUACCAAAGAUUACAGUUGAGUACUUGAUAACAGAAAAUCAUAUUUUGUUUGUUCACUGACAAAGCAAUAGAAUUUAAAAAAAGAAAACAUAUAUCCGUGAUUACAAAAGAUUUUCGUGCUUUUUUUUUUUUUUUUUUUAUCAAUCUAUAAAUAUAUAUUUAACCUCAAAUUGCCAUUGUAAUAUUUACGAAUAAUCGAGAUAACUAGUCACUUUACUUAUAUUAAAUAUUAUUUAAAUUGAAAAUUCAUAUUUAAAAACAAAAAAUAUACGUCUGUUUUCAAUAUAGAUUAAAUGUUUUGAAGAAAAAAGAAAUUAUAUUCAUCUAUUUUUAUGUUAAAUAAAAAUAUUUAUCAAGUUAUUCAAAAAAAUAGAAGUAUUCAAUGUUCGUCAGUAUUUUAGUGUAUAGUAAAUAUAUUAUAAAAUCAUGGCUGCUAAUCGUUUAUACGUUCACCAGUUUAAACCAUUAUUUUUCCUGGAUGAACAGUAUAAUGCGACUUGGAAAUUUCUAUCAGGAUCGUAGAUCUGUUUCUUUUUGAAUCUUGAUUUCAUGAAUUAAUUUCGAAGAAGCUAAACUAGAUUGAGCCUCUAGAUUGGCUUCCUCGAGUCUUUCAUCGGUGAUUCAAAGAAACUAGACACAAUUUUUAAGGGAAGCAAAAAUUGUCUCACUACGAUCCUGAAACAUGUAAUAUAUUAAUGUAUAAUUCUGUAAUAAUUAAUUACAUUGUAUUGAAAAAAAAAAUGAGUUUUCGGUAAGUCUGAAAAAAUAAGAGGAAUGAGUGAAUUUAGUUUCUAAUACCUUGGUUCAAACUAUAAUAACAUAAAACAAUAGCGAUACUAAUAAUUAUAAAAAUUUUAUGGUGUAUAAUAUAGCUCGACAGUAGAAACAUUCAAAAGUAUUUAAUGUAAUCAUGAUAAUUGAUAAACUGAUUAAUAAUGAAUCCAAUAUUAUCCAGAAACCGUUUUAAGGCGGAAUGUAAGUUCCAAGGUAAGAUAACUUUUUGGCUUCAUAGAAGAGACCCUUAUAACAAUACUUGGAAAAAAAAAUAAGGGCCCUUCUAUCAAGACACUUAGAAACGCAGGGGAAUUAACUUCAACCCAAAAGCGUGUCAAUAUCCCGAGAGGAAAAAUGUUAAGAAUAUCCUGUUUGACCUCUAAUUCUCAUCAGAAGCAGAAACACCUUAUUCCCGGAAACCUGACUUAUUCCUGAUCUAAACCUGUUCUUGAUACCUUAACAUACCCUAAAUAGGAUAGCCUGAAAUUUUAGUUGUUGUAAAGACUUUUCAAAAAUUCAUAGCGACACAUAAAAGUUUCAAGAAUCAAAUGUACGUUAUAGCUGAUGUGAGUCAUAAAUGAGAAUUGAAUGUGAUUCAAUUGAAAACGUGCUUAUGUUUUCUAUGCUUGUGUGUGAAAAUCGUCAAGUAAUUCACUCGGAUCUGGAAAGGUGGAAAAUUAUGGAAUGAAUUGACUCAAUAACUAAUUAUUUCACUUAGCCAUUGACAUUAGAUUUAGCAAAAUCGGUGAAGGAAAUAUUACUUGAACUAUUGACGUUCCGCCUUAAGUACCACGGUGCUUGGAAAGAGAGAUCUAUACUAAUCAAUUAACUUAGAUGAAUAAUAGUUAUAAUAACAAGGCUCAUGAAAUUCAGUUUUACUCAAAUUAAUUUGUCCACAUCUAAUAAAUAUAACAAUUUUUAUAUUCUUCUGUCAAUCACGGAUAUUUGAUUCAAAUUCUUUUUUUUUGUUCACUAUUCCAUUUUUUAUUAGAGCGUAUAUUUCAAUUAGAUCAUAUUUCGUGCCAAUUUAUAACAUGAUCUGAUUGUACAGUAUAUAACAAAUUUGUUGAAUACCAAGAUUUAAUAUUAUAUAAAUAUUUAACAGCAGAAUGAUAAUUUUGCAUUUUUGUUCUCAUUAACACUCAUAGUCAAAGAAAUAACUAAUAUUUUUUGGUAAACUCGGAAACGAUCACAAGAACAUCGUGUUAAUGAUAAAUAGCAGUUAUAAAAUAGACUAAAAAAGAUAUAAUGAAAAACAGAUUAAAAUAAAAAAAAUUAGAAGAAAAAGUUACGACAGACCCUUAAUCAAUUGUGAGCUCAAAAUAAAUCAGCCUAAUUCUAAAAUAUAAGGUUAUCAAAAAAUGAUUCAGGCUCUAAUAAUCAAGUUAAAGAAACAUAUAUAAUAUAUAUAUAUUAUAUGUAUUAUAUCAAAACACGAUAGUGACAGUGAAAAAUAAAUCUUAAUAACUCUCUCAAGUUUCAAAAAUAAAAAAUAUCAUCUGUAAAAAAAAAAAAUCAAUUAUUUGCUUGGUUCAGAAUAAUUUCAAGACGCAGUAAGUUAUCUGUCACUCAUCUCUUAAAAGCAGUGACAACUCAUUACAAGUUGUAGCUUUAUCUUAUCAAUAAGAAUUACAAAAAACUUCAAUAUUUUAUGAGUUUAUGACAAAUGAUAGAAAAAUUUCUUUAAGGGAGUUCGAACUAAAUGUACACUAAAGGAACUUCUGUCAUCUAAAAAGUUUAUUCUGACAAAAAAAAUGGAUUAGAAUUAUUAAAAAAUUGUUUUGGAUUAAGUCAAAAACUUCUUAGUUCUAAAUAUAAAAACUUUCUGUAGUAUUAUGAAGAAUUAUAAUUACAAAGAAAUAAAUGUUCUUGUUUCUAAAAGUAAAAACUGGAUCUGUAUAAUUGGAUAACAUGACUUUCCAACCAACAAAAAAGAAAGUGGCAAAGUGAAAUUUAAUAAAGUUUUAUUAUGUGUGAUAUAGGUAUCCUAAUAACACCCUUUGACACUUAGUAGUUUAUGUUCGAACUCCCUUAAUAGAAAAGUGAUUAUAGUUAUUGAUUGAAUGUUGGACUGCUUAAAGAUAAAUUCAUAAAAUCAAUUGAUCAAUAACUUCAAUGGUGCAAAUUAUGAUUUACUUGAUAUCAAUUAACUAAUAAUAUAUAUUGGGCCAUCGAAUAAUAAUAGACUGUACUAUGUAAUAUUUGAAUAAUUUCAGUUUUCAAUUAGGGAGUACAUUUGAGUUCGAUUAAAGAGUACCUGAACCUAAAUAUUAAACAAAAAAACGAAUAGUAUAAAAAAUAACUUUGAAAUUUAAAAAAUAAGAAAAUAGAUGAAUUGUCGAUUAAAAUUAAAAACAAGCCUCUGGUAGAAAUCCCAUAUCCGAACGACGUCGAAUUGAGCUACGGUUUCGAGCUCGGAUGUCGAUUCGACAUCCUUAUUCGACAUCGCACGUAUGUCGAAACGUUACGCUGAACGUGCUCGAAUCGACAUCAAGCUCGGUGAUCAAGCUCGAAAUGACGUCGAUUCGACCUCGAUUAAGGUGGCGUGACAAUUGCAUAUGAUUCUAUAUUAUUCCUUAAAAAAAAAGACCCGUUUGAAUUAGUAUUUUUUCAAAUAGAAUUUAUAGAUCUGUUGACCAACAUGAACAAAAGUAUUUUUUGGAGUUAAUUUGUUUUCGUAAAUGAUGAUAAUAAUAAUAUCGACUGAUGCGCCAUCUGGACUGACUUCGAUUUAACGUAAGGUUUCGACGUCGCUUUGAGCUCAAAUAUCGACGUCGAUCCGUCAUGGCCAUGUCGAAAGUCGACACCGAUUUCUACCAGGGAGUAACAGAUAUGAUUUUCAGCCUAUUGUUGUGUAACCAAUAAUAUAAUAAUACUGUUAUAUUUAUUUCAAUGGGUUAGUUGCUUUUUGAUUCAUCAUCAGAACCAGGAAGUUCGUCUGUUGUUUCUUGUAAAUGUCAUAGCAACGUAGUCUAAAAAAAAUAACAAUAAGAAUGCUUGUACAACUCAAAAAUAGCUUAAAAAAAUGGCCUCAGGUUUUGGCUUCAAAAAUGGCCUCGUGUUUUAGUUUAAAAAAUUUGGAGGCCAAAAACAUGAGGCCUUUUUUUGAGAACAUUUUCAAGUUGUACGAGCAUUUCAAUUGCCAUUUUUUGAACUAUAUUCCAGCACCUUGCUAUGGCAUUUAUAAGAAGGUAAAAUAACAGAUGAACUUCGUGGCUCUGUUCAUUAUUAAUUUAUUUGGAUUGACUAAUUUACAGUAAGAAAGGUAAACGUGAACAUAUAAUGAAAUGCUUUCAAUUUAACUAUGUGCCAAAUUUUUCCACAUAAAAUUUCUAGAAAAAAACUCAUAACAUUUUUUACUCAUAUGCAUAUAUUUAUUUAACAGUCAAGAAGUUUUAAAUGAAUUCCAAUCGUUUGCAAAUUUAAAAUAAAUCAAUGAAUUUUUAUUAUAUAUAUAUAUUUUAUCAAGCUAGAUAUUUUUUAGAAAAAAAACUAAAUCCGGCAAUCAAGUUUGAAUACUGUUGAAUUACGUUGUAUGAUUUUUAAAAGUCUCACUUGCGUUCAAUUGACAACUCCAAAAAUUCAUCAGUUUAAAUGAUUGCGAAUCCAUUUAUUACGUGGCUCAUCUUCUAUAGUUAAAAAUUUAUAAUUAUCAAUAAUAAUUAUGGAAGAUGUUUAAAAAAAUGGCUUAUUAAGAUUUUUCCGUUGCAGCAAGAAGUUGUAGCUUGAGAAAUAUUUUUUUUUACAGCAUUUCUUUAACUACCCUUUGGUGAUUGAAACAAGAAUUUAACUGUUUAUUAUAAUUAUAAUAGUGUUCGAGUCAAGAUGCAGAGUGGUUCAAGUUUAGAAAUUUAUUUCUUGUUACAUUCGAUGUAUCACUCAAAACAAAAAGUUACCUGAAUAAAAUAAUAGAAUUUUUUUUUCUUGAAACUAUCAGCUAUAAAUUACACUGAGAGAAAAAGUUGCUGAAAAAUAUCAGUUUUUCUUGAAAACUUUGGGCUCCCUGUUGAAAGAAAAAUUUAUUCAUGUGAGUAAAAUAUUUUUUAACUUAAGGGAGAUCAAACAACUCUUGAUGGUUUUGUUGUUUGUUUUUUUUCAAUUUUUAGAGUAGGUUUAUGAAAUAUAUAGUCAUAAAUAUAUAUUUCAAAAAUCUGUCCCAGCUAGUAAAAAAGUUAAUGAUAAUCAAAGUAAACAACUUUCAACUUGUACGCUAAUAGCAGAGAGCAAAAAUCCUGAAAAAACAUAUUUUAAUUUUUAAACUUUCAUAAUAUUCUUUCUUUGUUUUAGCAGCUUAACAAAAAAUUAACUUUCUAAAACUUUGAAAUCUUAGAAUAAAUAAUAUAUUAAUUUCAAAGAAAAUUGAUUUUAUAUACAAAUGAUUCGAGGACACGUUGAAUUUUCACAUAAGAUAGAUAACCAUUUCAUAAACCUACUCAAAAAAAUAAAAAAAAAGGAUAAGACAAUCCCUUAACUUAAAAAAAAAGUUACUCAAUUUAAUAAAUUUUUUUUUCACUUGAAGCCUAAAAUUUUCAACUUUUCGGCAACUUUUCUUAUGAAUACAGCAAUUUUUUUUCUCAGUGUAGAUUAUUAAAUAUUGAAAAUUAGCCAAAGAAAUCUAGUUAUCGUCUCGCAUGUGCUCCCGUAAUUUUCAUUAAAUAAGCUGAGGUUUUAUUCAUAAAGAAUUUCGAUGACAUCAUGGUUCCAUUUUAAAUGAAAUUGCCGAUGAUUCCAAUAUUUCAAAUCAGAUUUGAAAUAUUGGUGAUUUUAUAAGUGUAUAAUGAUAUUAUUAUUGACGGAACUUUUUAAUUACAUUUUCAAAUAUAGUUUCAACAUUCAAUAUA